UUUAGCUGUAUCUUUAGUGUUGAAUGUUGUAAUAUAAAAGUCUAGUUUUCUUAAUUUUAUGGAAUUUAUAAGGUUUGCGUUCGUUAUAUGUUCUCAACAAACUUUUAUACAAGUUUGGUGACUUUGAGGAGAUGGAGUCACCGCCGUCGUUCUCUACUCACUCCGAAGCGCCUCUGUUGAGCGAAGACAGUGGUCUGCUGAUUACAAGUGGCUCGUUUUCUAGUGAUUCCGCGAGUGGAUGGCAUCACAUUACAUCCGAGUUGCAAGAGAGCGAUUUCGAUGAGCGGUCGUUGUCGCUCUGCGAGUCAACGGAGACUUCGGAACGCAUGUGCGGUGAUUUUUUUAAUACGGUGAAGAAAGGACCAGGAAAAGUCAUCGUCACCGCCAUCGAACCUCCUCCUGAGUUUCAGGAUAACCCAGUCACAAGUGUAGAUUGUGUACCUGCUUUUGUGAGCUCACCAAAUAAAUGUUUGGCUGUGUGCGUGCCUCCAUCGGUUUUAUUUACGAAUAAUAUUAAUAAAAAUAAAUCAUCGAACUUAGAAGUUGCCAUGACCACUAGCCAUGUUUCGCCACUGUACCCAAGGAAAUUAAAACCCGAGUCGCUUUACGAGCGCAGACAAUGUAUCAAUCACCGAUUCGCAAGCCCGAGACUUUUACAUCUCAGUCCGUGUCGAAUCAAUAGACCUUCUUCUAGAAACUCUCUCUCAUCGCGCCUAUCUAGUAGUCAUAACUCCCUUGUAACUCAGUUUCAAGCGGACGACUCUAGCUUUAUCACGCAGGCAAUAUCGCACGACACCCUGUCCGCAAAAACUUCCGACAUAACUGACAUGUACAAUGUUCCGUUCGACAGUGACAUUUAUGCGGUUCCCAUCGACAUGGUCCGACCCAGUCACAAUAACGUAAGGGGCAAAGGAAAGAAACCGCUAAGGAAUAAUAGGAGGCGCGGUAAGAGCAGUUCACAGAGUACAGGAGUGAACAGCGUCGCUCCCGACAGAGCCUACAAGUCCAAGGAGGCGAGACACAAGGACACGAAAACUAAAAGACACAGUUUGCCGAGUUCGUCUUGCAAGAAGAACGUCACCGACUCGGAUACAGAUUCGCUCCACCUGACCCUACGGGAGAUGAGAAAAUACCUCCACACUCUGUACUCUAGUUCCAGUGACUCCGAAUGCCGGAAUACUAUUAAUAAGAAAAGCAAUACAAUAAUAACGAACGUCGGCAUACAUAUGCGACACGGCAACAAGGACACGGGCACCGCUGUGUUUCUAAAAGAGAGUAACGAGAUAUCGCGAGCGGUGGAAACGAACAAUAAUAACAAGAAAGCGAAUAAGAAUACAUUAACGAUGAAUUCGAAAAGUAAGAAGCAUAAAGAAAAUAUUCCAAAGGAUUGUAAUAUGAUUGAGGAGAAUAAGGACAAGAAAGGGAGUCAUGGUUCGAAGGUGAAGAUGUCUCCGGUUAGGAUGCUGUCGAUGAACUUGAAGCAGAGUUUUUGCAACUUAUUUCGGUGGAGGAAGUCGAGUGACAGUGACAGUGUAGAGAGGGUGGGAAGGGAACCCCCGGCGGCGGUGCGGCGGGCUCUACCCCCUCUUCCCCAAUCUCCACACCAGUCGAAUUCUCGCCGUAUAGCAAACGAAGAAGAUACUAUCAUGGACUUCGCUACAUCGAUCCAGAGAGUUAAAGACUAUGGGUGGUACUGGGGACCCAUAUCAGUGGAGGCUGCGGAGAAAAUUCUCUCAAACGAGCCUGACGGGUCAUUCAUAGUGAGGGAUAGUAGUGAUGACCACUACAUCUUCACGCUUACCUUCAAGCUCAAUGGCCUAAGGCACGUCAGGAUAGAACACGACCAGGGUAACUUCUGCUUCGGCGGGUGCACAAUGUUCAAAGCGCAGACUAUCGUGGAAUUCAUCGAGAACGCCGUAGAAACUUCAAGGAGUGGGCGUUAUUUGUUCUUCUUAAAUCUGCGGCCAGUGCUCGGCCCCGUCAGGGUGCAGCUGCUGUAUCCUGUCUCCAGGUUUAAACGCGUGCAGAGCUUACAACAUAUGUGCAGGUUUGUUAUUUUGAAGUACGUGAGGCGUGACCUGAUAAGCAGCUUGCCGCUCCCCAGGCGGCUCUUAGAUUACUUGAGCGCCACCCACUACUACUCGGAGCUUCUAGCCGAAAUUUAAGUUAACGCGUGACCGGUGUUCCGUACGUAAACGAAACGAGUCUUGUCAAUUUAGCAAAGGGGGGUAAACAGGUGGUCAAGUCCAUUUCGGUACUAACUUGAAUUAUUAGAAAACUUAACAAUAUUCUGUUUGUCUUUCCUUUUUGUGAUAUAUAAUUUGCAAGGUGACGUUUAUUUUAAUAUUAGGACCUGUUUCACCGAUUGAGGAAAAUUUUUAUCCCCAAAUAAGUUACGAAUAGAAUUUAACAGCAGAAGAUAGAAUAGGCAGAAUAGAGAUAUAUCUCAGAAAAAUAGUGGGAUUCG